UUGAGCUCAAAUCUGCGCGGUCUGCAGCAAACGUGGGGCGCAAAAAGGAACAAAACCCAUUUAAGAACAUUAUGCACAGUAAAAAUGCACCUUGCGAAUGCAAACGUUUCCAGGUUUGGUGUCAGUUUUGGUAGUGUUUGUGUGGCUGGGUGGAAACCAGGUCUCCCCUCUCAGACCUAUCUGUGACCUGAGGGUUCUGGACCACUUUGUACGAGAAGCCCGAGAUUCUGAGGUCAUCAUGGUGAGGUCUCUAUGUGCUUCACACAGAAUGUCAGGUUAUUUUCAAAACCAUCACCUCAUCUGUUUUUUUCCCCCCUCUCAGCGUGGUUGCAGAGGUGGCUGCGGAGAGAUGAAAUCCUAUUUAGUUCCUCUGACUAGUGUUGACUUUGCUGUUUGGGAGCAUGUAGAUGUUCACAGGCAGGCUGUGGAGGUCCAGACUGGUCUGUCUCUGCUCGAUCAGGCCCUGAGUAAUGCAAUAAAAACAGUGAGCAACUCUCCUUUGGCCAGCGCACUGGAAAACAACAUCAGUAACAUUCACAGCCUCGGCCAGAUCCUUCACAGUCUUGAUUUACAGCAGGCCAGGUCCACAGUUCUUCCAGAUGAUUCAGCUCCUGCCAGCACACAGACGCAGGAGGUCUCCUCUCUCCCAGAACUUCUGCAGGUGCAGAGCAGUUUCCUGCGAGGGAAAGUCAGACUCCUGCUUUCAGCUGCACCAGCCUGCCAACGGCAAAACAGCUGAUGCGAGCUCAGAGGAGCUCGGGAGCUGUUUACAGCAGUCACACAUACACAACAAACCCGGACAAGAACACUUGAUUGUGACUCGUUAAAACCUUAAAGAGCUUAUGCGCUCCAGGUGUCGCUCUUCAAAUGGUCUUCUGCAUUCGAAAGCCCGCAGUCAUGUUUCUAAAGUAUGCAUCAUGCGGUGGGAGAAGCAAAACUGCAGUGACACCUUGACUUAUUCAACAAGGCGAACGUGGCACAAGAUCCAGCAGAGGAACAUUUCAGAGCCCAUAAGUGGACUCGAAGGGUUAUAUCAGUGUGGCGAACAGCUUGUCUGGCUGCAUCCAGCCACCUGGACUACAGUACAUCUGAGACUUUUAUUUAAUUAUAUUUGUACGUUCCGUUUUCUACAAAUCCAUGAAUUGUGCUGCUAUUGGUUCACUUUUUAGUGGGCAGUGUACGAUCUCUACGGUGUGUGCGUUUUAGGGCAGGAUCAAAGGUCUUUUUUUGAGGGUUCAGCAGGGUUUGCCUUGUGGACACAAUG